AUGGAUUCCUCCGAACUCGCUAACAACCCUCAAUUGCUUCAAUACCUCAACCAACAAAAGGAGAAGGCGAUGGUGAACCAAGCGGUGUCGAAGCUGACUAGCGUGUGCUGGGACAAAUGCAUCACAGACAAACCAGGGAGUAAGUUCAGCUCAAGCGAGUCUUCUUGCCUCACUCACUGCGCGCAACGCUACAUGGACAUGAGUAUGCUCAUCAUGAAACGCUUUCAGCAGUGA